CAAACUCAUUCUUCUUAAGAUCCAUUGACAGCAUUUCAAUAUUUUUCAGUUUAAUGGGUAUCCUCCGUUUUAUGUUGCUGGUUAGUUUGGGAUUGGUUUUGUUCGGUUUGAAAACGACCGUGUCACAGCCACAACAGGCACAAGUCCCUUGCUUUUUCAUUUUCGGUGACUCCUUAGUCGAUAAUGGAAACAACAACAGGUUGAUUUCGCUUGCGAGGGCUAAUUACCGACCUUACGGAAUUGACUUUCCCCAAGGUUCAACCGGACGGUUCACCAACGGUCGCACCUACGUUGAUGCACUAGCUCAAAUUUUUGGAUUUCGGACUUACAUUCCACCAUAUUCUAGGAUUCGUGGCCAGGCUUUGCUAAGAGGUGCAAAUUUCGCAUCUGGUGCAGCUGGCAUUAGAGAUGAGACCGGUGACAACUUGGGUGCACAUACUUCUAUGAACCAGCAGGUAGAGCUGUACACGAGCGCAGUUGAGCAGAUGCUUAGAUACUUCAGAGGAAACACAAAUGAGCUGCAAAGAUACUUAAGCCGUUGUAUCUUUUAUACCGGAAUGGGAAGUAACGAUUAUCUCAACAAUUACUUCAUGCCUGACUUCUACUCAACCAGUACCACUUUCAACGACAAAACCUUUGCAGAUUCCCUCAUUAAAGACUACACACAACAGCUCACUCGAUUGUACCAAUUUGGAGCUCGGAAAGUGGUUGUGACUGGAGUCGGACAGAUCGGUUGCAUACCUUACCAGCUGGCCCGCUACAAUAAUCGUAACAACAGUUCCGGAAGAUGCAAUGAAAGGAUCAACAAUGCAAUUGUGUUGUUCAACUCUCAAGUCAAGAACCUAGUGGACCGUUUCAACAAAGGUCAGUUGAAAGGAGCCAAGUUCGUUUACCUUGAUUCUUACAAGAGUACCUAUGAUCUCGCUGCCAAUGGAGCCGCUUACGGAUUUGAGGUUGUGGACAAAGGUUGUUGUGGGGUGGGAAGGAACAAUGGUCAAAUAACGUGUCUGCCGCUGCAGACCCCGUGUCCUGACCGAACCAAGUAUCUCUUUUGGGAUGCGUUUCAUCCGACAGAGACUGCUAACAUAUUGCUUGCGAAAUCUAAUUUCAACUCCCGAGCUUACUCUUACCCCAUGAGCAUUCAAGAACUAGCCAAUCUUUGAAGAGAAGGAUAUCUUUUUCUCCUCUAUGAAUGCAUAUAUGUCAUGUAACAUGGCUAUUAUAAUGUGUUUCUUUCCUUUAUGUUAAACUUAUAUUUCUUUGAAAUAACUAUUGUUUCUGUAUUGUUCCUCUCACUUACUCUAGUAAUGAGAGAAAAUAUAAGAAAAUGCUCGCUUUGAUUGAAAAAAUUGUAUUUACAGUUCUAUUUUUGGAUUUA